CCUGGGCACAUCAACAUGUACAAACCAUUCCGGCCUCCGCUUCCUAAGAGCUUCGCUCCGAAGAAACCAGUCGAAGAAGAAGAGCGAAUCCCCGAAUCAGACGACGAAUCUGAACCUCGCCCCUACAAAAAACGGAAGAUACUUGUAUAUUCCAGUGACGAGCGACCUCCCGCAAAAUCUGUGCCUGCCUCUGCUGGUGUCUUUGCUCCAAGGAAACCAUUGAUUGCUGUUAAGAACUCCAGUGAACCAAAAUCGAGCUCUGACUUGCACAAUGACUGUCCUGAGGGGUACUAUCUGGUGCUGUGGCGUAAAUAUACAAACAAGAAGCACAAGACUUGGGAUGGUGAUGGUGUUCUAUCAGUCUACGGUGGCUACGCACGCCUUCAGGGAGACGAUGGUAAAGAGAUGGGAAAGUGUGUAUACAAGGAACCACUGCUUCCUGGAAGCACUCUGAGCAUCGGCGGAAAGGAGGUUGAAGUAGAUUCUAUCAUCUCAAAGGACGACUUCCUAUCUGGACGACCAUUCCUGAAAGUCACUGCCACCAAGCCUGUUACAACCUUUGGUAGGAAUACCACUUCGACUCCAAAGCCGCCUUCUAUACAGAAAGCACCCAUAUCUUUGCCGAAAGGCAAAGUGCCUCUUUUAGGAAAGAAGAAGGCAGAUGAUGGAUCUGAGAUAUCGGAAAUUACUGCCAAGAGCUUCUAUUCCAAGACCUCAGCAAUCAAGGCUCAAUUCAAGAAUCCCCUCCUCUCGACGACAGUUAUUCCUCAGACCGAAGAUGGAGCACCGACGCCACGACACAAUCCAAAUGCUUUCGGCGCAGUGGUCAUGAAGAGACCAAUCGAUUGUCCGAAAGGCAAGCAGAUUGUGGACGUUGUUCUAGAUCCCUUCCUUGGCCAACAUUUUCAUCCUCACCAGUUUGAAGGCGUCAAAUUCAUGUACGAGUGCGUGAUGGGUAUGCGUGAUUUCAACGGACAAGGAGCUCUCUUGGCAGAUGAGAUGGGUCUAGGUAAGACAUUGCAGACCAUUGCCCUUUUAUGGACUCUGCUCAAGCAGAAUCCUAUUGCUGGGUCUAAUGACGGAGUAAUCAAAAAAGCUCUCGUCGUUUGCCCGGUCACGUUGAUUCGGAAUUGGAGUGACGAAUUCAAGAGAUGGCUAGGGAAGGAAAGACUUGGUGUAAUUGUCGCCGACAACGCGAAGACCAAGCUAACUGAUUUCACACAUGGAAAGAGCUAUAGCGUGAUGAUUAUUGGCUACGAGAAAUUAAGAUCGGUACAGGACGAGCUGAAGAAAGGUGCAGGCAUUGACAUCAUCAUCGCAGAUGAAGGCCACAGGCUCAAGACUGCUCAGAACAAGUCGGCUCAAGCGAUUCGGAAUCUCAAUACCCCGAUGCGUGUCGUCCUCACAGGAACACCAAUGCAGAAUGACCUCUCGGAAUUCUUCAUUAUGGUGGACUUCGUGAAUCCAGGUCUUCUAGGAAAUUACAAGACCUUCAAGAAAGAGUUCGAACUGCCGAUUGUCAAAAGUCGGCAACCGGAGGCCUCCAAACGAGAUGUCGAGAAAGGCAAGGCAAGAGAGGAAGAGCUCUCAUGCUUGACCAAAUCCUUCAUUCUACGCCGCACGGCUGAUGUCAUGUCCAAAUUCUUGCCGCCGAAAUCAGACUUCGUAGUCUAUUGCAAGCCAACUGAUGCUCAGAUCAGAGUCUACAAGCACGUACUCGAUUCUCCAUUUUUCGGCAACGCAUUUGGCAGUAAACAAGCUUCAUUCCAGCUCAUUACCUUGCUGAAGAAAGUCUGCAACGCGCCGAGUUUGUUGAAGACGAAUGAGGGCGCACCAAGCAAUGUCACAGUUGCCGAGCUUCUGCAGGCUAUUCCUGAUGAGAUCAUGCGACUGGCUCCAGUCAGAUCUAGCUCCAAGUUCCGCGUCCUUGACCAGAUGCUCAGGCAGCUCUCUAAGAAAACCAAUGAGAAGAUUGUCAUUGUCUCCAACUGGACGUCGACACUUGACCUCAUUGGCCAGCAUCUAGCAUCUAUGUCACUGCCCUUCUCUCGCUUAGAUGGCAAGACUCCGACAGAUCAACGGCAGGAUCUUGUCAAAUCUUUCAACAAGGCUCCUGCAACAAAGAGCUUUGCUUUCCUACUGUCAGCAAAGGCGGGUGGAGUGGGUAUCAACCUCAUCGGAGCUUCACGGCUUAUCCUGUUCGAUACGGAUUGGAAUCCUGCCACAGAUCUUCAAGCCAUGGCUCGAAUCCAUCGCCACGGACAGAAGCGACCUGUCAAGAUUUACAGGUUCUUGAUGGCUGGAGGAAUAGAUGAGAAAAUCUAUCAGCGCCAAGUGAGCAAGAUGGGCUUGGCUGAUAGCGUCGUUGAUGGCAAGAAGAACGAGGCUUCAUUCUCGGCUGUUGAAUUAAAGGACUUGUUCAAGCUUGAUACUACAUCUGUAUGCCAAACUCAUGAUCUAUUGGGUUGCGACUGCAAAGGUCUUGGUAAUAAUAUUCCACCUCCAGAUAUCUCUGAAACUUCGGAAGAGAAUUUGGAGGAGGAAGACGCAGAAGAGGCUGUUGACGACAGUGACGAUGAAAUGCUCGUUCCUCUGAAGUCUCUGGUCCGAGGUGCGAUGGUACCGGGCACGAAGAAAAGCAUCGAGGCUCUUGAGAGAAAAUUGGCAGACGAAGCAAAACAGAAACGACUGAAGAAAUCGAAGGGCAAGAUGCAAGCUUUGAUGCUGUUCAAUCAUCUCGACACUUCAAUCUUCAGAGGCGAGACAGAGGAUGUCUUCGGAGACGAAGAAGAUGCAGUGACUGAGGCUAGGAGAACGCUCGACGAUGACGUCCUUGUCGACGUGCUAAAGAGUGAGAAUUGCAAGGUUAGCUUUGUAUUCGUGAAGCAUAAUAAAGCAAGAGCUUUGGCCAAAGAAGAGGUGAAGGAUAUUGAUGAUAAGGACGCGAAAAUUAUCACGAUAGAAGACUAGCAUAGCAUAGCGAUGGAGUUGGCAUUGAGCAUCUACGGGCUAAUUACUAUAGAAGGAUGAGCAUAUAUCGUGUAGCUUAGUUGACAACCGAAUCAAUAAAUUUCCC